AUGUUGAAAUCACAACCUAUUUAUGGGAUAGGAAUUGAUUUUGAAAAAUAUUCUACUAAACCAUGCAUUAUUUGUUGGGUUAUUAAACCUCUUGAUGAUUCAGUCUUAGAAUGUGAUGGCAAUGCUAAUGGUAAUGGUGGGGACGAUGAUGGUGAUAGUAAUGAUAAGGUUGAUAAUAGUAGAAAUAACAGAAUCUAUGUUAAUUCUACAAUAAAUGCCGAAAGUAUCGAUUCAAGGAUUUCUCAAGAUUUUAACAUUACGGCUAAUUUCUGGGUUGAAAUUACUCGUGAACCUCAUGAAAUGACAGUUAGAAACCUAAAAUUUGAUAUUGAAGUAAAUGAUUGCGGAGUAGGAAAUAUGCUUAGUAAUAAUUGUCAAUCACUUAAAAAUCAAGGUGUUGGUUACUUACUUCAUUCUAUUAAAGUUCAUGUUUCCUCAAUACCUGAAAAUGAAUUCGUUGUAGUAGGUGAAUCACAGCCAAAGCAGCAUUACCCAGUGAUUGAAAAUUUAAAUGUUUUGGAAACGGGUUUUAUAAUAUCAAUUUUUAAUUUCAUGAGUAGUAUAAAAAAGGCUCACACUGUUAAAUCCACUUUAAGUAAGUGGAAUGUAAAGAAAGUACGUGAUCGUAAAGGAGAGUGCUGGUCACAUCAACAUAAUGACAAUUACCCUGACGAAGAUAAUACUAAUAGGGGAGGUCAUUCUCCUGGAUUUCAUUCUGGCCAUUGGCAUAUGAAGGAAAGGAUGAGUGGAUUUUGUAUUAAUAUUUCUCAAGAAUUACAUUUUCAAUAUAAGAUAUUUAGAAAGUUCAGAACCCUUCCAAAUACAAAACCAAAGCUAUUACCGUGUCCCAAGAUGGCUCAUAACCUAGAAAUAUCGUUUAACGAUCUUACAAAUUUUAAUGAAAAAUUAGCAAAUAUCAAAAAGCACUAUUAUGAAAAUGAUGAGAUUAAAAUUAAAGUUGGAAAUAAUGAAGAGGAGAAAAUAGAAGAAAGCUUUCAAAAUUUGGAUGGAAAAAUUGAACGUUCGAAAUCAGUUUUAAAAUGA